AUAUCAGGCUAAGGUAACCACAAAAGGAUUCCCAGAAAUUCUGGAAAAAAAUGUUCGAGAACCAUGGCAAUAUAUCAAACUAUGGAUAUUGAGCUUUAUCAAUGAUCCUAUUGGUUGUGAUCCAUCUAAACUUAGGAGAGAAAUGUAUCUUUACAGGCACUUACGAUCCAAUUACUUGGGACCCCAAGGAAUAAAUAAAACUUUUAUAGAGCUCUACAACAAAUAUGCUCAAACAACAGAUACCCCUCUUGGUAAAAAUCAAGUGUCAAGAACAUUAAAUUCAUUAGGCCUAAAAUUCGUAAUGGAGGUAAAUAUACCUGCCACAUUAUCUCAAAUGCAAUCAUCAUGGCCAACACAAACUGUCACUGCCUCCACCACUUCCGAUACAGUGCCACCAGCCAAAAAAUGGAGACUUGCAUCACCAAGAAACUAUGAUCCCAACAAAAGAAUAAUCGUUGGAUUUAGUGAUGCAAUGUUUAAUGUUUGCAUGAAAAGAAAAACAGGCAGAUGUAUGUAG